CCCGGUCUGAUUGACGUUUUGACAAUUGUAAUCAUACGUUUAUAUCGAUGUUUUAUGUGAAUUACUUUGAAAUUUUCUGACUAUAUCUGCAAAAAUGUUAACAAAAUUUGAGACGAAGUCGGCGAGAGUGAAAGGUAUAUCCUUUCACGCGAAACGGCCAUGGGUAUUAGCAAGUUUACACAAUGGUGUAAUUCAAUUAUGGGAUUACCGUAUGUGUACUUUAUUAGAGAAAUUUGAUGAACAUGAUGGCCCAGUACGUGGCAUUUGUUUCCAUAUCCAACAGCCUUUAUUUGUGUCAGGCGGAGAUGAUUAUAAGAUCAAAGUAUGGAACUACAAACAAAGACGCUGUUUAUUCACUUUACUUGGCCAUUUGGACUAUAUUCGGACAACAUUUUUUCAUCAUGAAUAUCCCUGGAUUUUAAGUGCUUCUGAUGACCAGACUAUUAGAAUAUGGAACUGGCAGUCUCGUCAAUGUAUAAGUGUACUUACUGGCCACAAUCACUAUGUUAUGUGUGCCCAAUUCCAUCCCAGUGAAGAUCUAUUGGUAUCGGCAUCAUUGGACCAGUCUGUACGUGUCUGGGACUUCUCAGGCUUGAGGAAGAAGAGUGUUGCUCCAGGUCCCACCGGUUUGGCUGAACAUUUGAGAAAUCCACAGGCCACUGACUUAUUUGGGCAGGCUGAUGCAGUAGUAAAGCAUGUGCUGGAAGGCCAUGACCGUGGAGUGAAUUGGGCGUCAUUUCACCCAUCAUUGCCGCUGAUCGUGUCUGCCGCUGAUGAUAGACAAGUCAAACUGUGGAGGAUGAAUGACGCUAAGGCAUGGGAGGUGGACACUUGCCGUGGACACUACAACAAUGUGUCGUGCGUGCUGUUCCAUGCGCGCCACGAGCUAAUUCUCUCCAACAGCGAGGACAAGUCUAUUCGCGUAUGGGACAUGACCAAGCGGACUUGCUUGCAUACUUUCCGCAGAGAGAACGAGAGAUACUGGGUUCUUACGUCACACCCGAGUUUGAACUUGUUCGCGGCUGGCCAUGAUGCCGGCAUGAUACUCUUCAAGCUGCAACGAGAGCGGCCCGCCUAUGCGGUCCACAACAAUAUGUUGUUUUAUAUAAAGGAAAGACAAUUGCGUAAAUUAGAUAUGCAGACCAAUCGUGAUGCGCCGGUUAUGCAGAUCAAGGGCGGCGGACGACACCAGCCAUACAGCAUGUCGCUGAACCACGCGGAGUGGUGCGUGCUGGUGACGUGGCGAGUGGGCGACAGCAGCUCGUACGAGUUGUACCAGGCGCCGCGCGAGGGUCGCGAAGGUGGGGACGCUCCUCCGGAACCAGCACGAGCAGCCGCCACCAGCGCUGUCUGGGUUGCCAGAAACCGCUUCGCCGCACUCGAGAAGAACAAUCAGCUCGUGAUAAAGAACUUAAAGAAUGAAGUGUCGAAAAAAAUUUCGACCCCGACAUGCGAGGAGAUCAUGUACGCGGGUACCGGCAUGCUGCUACUACGCGAGCCCGACUGCGUACAACUACUAGAUGUACAGCAGAAGAGGACCAUAGCCAGCGUAAAAAUAGCAAAGUGCCGAUACGCUAUUUGGAAUUCAGACAUGUCUCUAGUGGCAUUGCUCGGUAAACAUACAGUCACCCUGUGCACCAAGAAGCUAGAGCAGCUUUGUAGUAUCACAGAAGGUGCCCGGGUCAAGUCUGGUGCCUUUGACGACUCCACGCCACAACCAGUGUUCAUAUAUACCACAGCUAAUCAUAUUAAAUACUGUUGUAAGGAUGGAGACUACGGUAUAAUUCGCACGCUGGACGUGCCAGUGUAUGCAGUGAAGGUGGUGGCGAACGAAGCAGGCGCUAGAGUUGUCUGCCUCGACCGUGAAUGCCGCCCCAAGGUGCUCAACAUCGACCCCACUGAGUACAGGUUCAAAUUGGCGUUGGUGACCCGUCAGUAUGAUCAGGUGCUCCACAUGGUACGAACCGCCAAGCUUGUUGGUCAAAGUAUCAUUGCAUACCUGCAGGAGAAAGGCUACCCCGAGGUCGCUUUACAUUUCGUAAAAGACGCCCGCACGAGACUCUCCCUGGCGUUGCAAUGCGGCAAUAUUGAGGUAGCGUUGGAAGCCGCCAAAAGUCUAGAUGAGCCGGCCGCAUGGGAUAAGCUUGCUAAUGCCGCUUUAGCUACUGGCAACCACCAAAUCGUAGAGAUGUGUUACCAACGUACCAAGAAUUUUGACAAACUGUCCUUCUUAUAUCUAAUCACGGGCAAUUUAGACAAAUUGCGGAAAAUGAUGAAGAUUGCGGAGAUACGCAAAGAUGUCUCCGCGCAGUUCCAGGGUGCAUUGUUGUUGGGUGAUGUUAAAGAGAGGAUAAGGCUCUUGAAAAAUGCUGGUCAGCUAUCACUUGCAUAUCUUACCGCUAUCAACCAUAAACAAGAGGAGGAAGCGGUACAGCUGAAGGCGGCGCUGGAGGCGGCAGGGCUGGCCGUGCCCACUGCUACGGCUAGCGAGGAGGACGGCGUGGCCUUGCGGCCGCCGCUGCCCGUGCACCGCGCGCACCACAACUGGCCACUGCUAGCUGUCUCCAAGAGUUUCUUCGAAGUGGCUGGCGGUGCUCGUGCAGGUGCCGAGGCUGGUGCAAUAGCAGCUGCGGCCGUGGGUGACGAGCCCCUGGAGGCCGCCGGCGCCUGGGGAGACGACGACGACAUCCUCGACGAGAAGAAUGUGUUAGAAGGCGAGGACGUGGCCGCGGAAGAUGGGUCGGACGGCGGCUGGGACGUCGGCGACGAGGAUAUAGAGCUGCCCGAGGAAUUAGCACCUGUCUCUGCGGAUAUAGAUGGCGGCGAUGAGGCGGGUUCAUACUUCGUAGCGCCAACCCGAGGUUCGGCGGCCGCGAUCUCGCCACGCUUGCGCACCGCACACGAUCAUGUUGCUACUGGACAGUUUGAGAUCGCCUUCAGAUUGUUAAACGAGCAAGUGGGCAUCGUGAACUUUUCACCAUACUCAGAGCAGUUCCUGAAUAUGUAUGGUGCGGCGCGUAUGUGGUUCGGCGGGUUGGCGAGCGUCCCGCCGCUGCCCGCGCUCCUGCACCGCAACUGGAAGGAGGCCAGCGGGAAAGACUUACUCCCUGUGCUCACUAUAAAACUGAACGAUCUAGUGACACAAUUGCAACAAUGCUACCAGCUAACCACCGCCGGCAAGUUCACUGACGCUAUCGAGCGAUUGCAGCGCAUCGCUCAGAGCGUGCCCCUAUUACACGUCGACACGAAGACAGAACUCACAGAGGCACAACAGCUACUCAAUAUAUGUAAAGAGUACCUACUCGGUCUGCAAAUGGAAACUGCCAGGAAAGCAAUGCCCAAAAAUACACUAGAAGAACAGAAACGCACAUGCGAAAUGGCCGCAUACUUUACUCACUGUAAACUUCAGCCAGUCCACCAGAUAUUGACUCUACGGACAGCCCUCAAUAUGUUCUUCAAACUGAAGAACUUCCGCACAGCUGCGUCCUUCGCUAGACGACUCCUAGAACUAGGUCCAAGGCCCGAAGUGGCUCAACAAGCGAGAAAAAUACUUCAAGCGUGCGAGAAAACUCCCACAGACGAACACCAAUUGUUGUAUGAUGAACAUAAUCCGUUUAAUAUAUGUGGAAUUAGCUAUAAACCUAUAUACAGAGGGAAACCAGAAGAGAAGUGUCCUUUAUGCAGUGCUAGCUACUUGCCAGAACACAAAGGUAAACUGUGUGCAGUCUGCGGUGUGGCGGAGAUCGGCAAAGACGUAUUAGGACUGAGAAUCUGUCCACUACAGUUCCAGAGAUAAUUACAUUAACAUAUUUAAAUAUUAUUAUUGUAUUUUUAUUAAAUAUAAAAUUAAUAUGUAAGAAUUAUAAUAGAAUAAAAUUGUAUCAACAGUU